GUCAUCGUAAAAUCGGAGCAGGUUAUGGCAAGACUUGGAAGUUUUGGUUUGAUAAUGCGAAAGAAAUAUGAGUGAACAUACCUGUGGUAUCGUUACGAAUGGUGAUCAUCACACUGAUAUCGUUUUAAAACCCUACAGCAACCGAACUCUGUUGAUCGUAACGCACUUUAAAAAGUUUGGAACAUUGUUGACAAUAAAUCGUGAAUCCGCUAUUAAUGGUUAUAGUAACGAUGUGUUUACAAUAAAGACUAUUUUUGGCAGCGACAACAAUGAUGUUCAUGUAGCUGCCAGAUACAUAGCACAACAAAUUAACAUUGAGAAACCGUUAUUGCUGUCAAUAGCACUAAAAAAUUAUAACCUGGUGACUUUGAAAUCCAUUGUUGCUGCUAUAAAUCAAAUAAAACCAUGGUAAUGUAAUGUCAAUUGGAUCAUCAUGAGUUUAAUUUUUGGUCAGCUUGUCAUUGGCCCACCUGGUAGUGGAAAAACAACAUAUUGCAAUGCAAUGUCCAAAUUUUUGGAGUCCAUUGGAAGAAAAGUAGCUGUUAUUAAUAUUGAUCCAGCAAAUGAAAAUAUGGAGUACACUCCAGCAGCAGAUAUAUCUGAAUUGAUUAAACAUGAGGAAGUUAUGACACAUUUUGGACUUGGACCAAAUGGAGCCUUAGUUUACUGUAUGGAAUUCUUAGAAACCAAUGUCAAAUGGCUUAUUGCAAAAGUUUUAAAUUUAAAGGAUCACUAUCUUAUCUUUGACUGUCCCGGUCAAGUUGAAUUAUAUACGCAUCAUAAGUCGAUGAGUCAGAUAGCGGAAAAUUUAAACCAGAAUUUAGUGAGAUUAUGCAGUGUACAUCUUGUGGAUUCGCAUCACUGUAGUGAUCCUGGAAAAUACCUGUCCUCUUUAAUUCUCUGCACGACAGUAAUGUUACAAAUAGGUUUGCCUCAUGUAAAUAUUAUGACAAAGUUUGACGAGAUGAAAAAGUUCAGUGAUCGUCUAGCAUUUAAUGUAGAUUUUUACACCGAAGUACUGGAUUUAAAAUAUCUUUUAGAACAAUUGGAUGAAAAUCCCUUUACUGCAAAAUACAAGAAACUCAAUGCUGCGUUAGUAUCAAUAAUCGAAGACUACAGUCUCGUUAGUUUCAUACCAUUGGACGUUACUAACAAGGCGUUAUUGCUACAAGUGAAGAAUGCAGUGGAUAAGGCCAAUGGGUAUAUUUUUGGUGGUAACGAACCGCGAGACGUUCAAACGUUACUCGCAUGUGCAGUAGGAGCAGUCAGUGAAACUGAAAAAAUAUCAUCGCUGGAUGAAUAUUUAUAAACAUUGUCAUUUUUUUAAGAGUAAACUGUAACAUACAUCCAUUAACAUUACAUUCAUUUUUACAUAACAAUAUAUCUUGCUGUAAUUUUUAUAAAUAAUAAAUGUUGAUAAAAGUGCUACAUA